AUGCUAGUUUCCUCGCCCUCGCCCUCCGCCCUUCGCCCUUCCUCCUCUCCUUCCUCGCGCCCCCCUCGUUCUUCUUCUCUCUCCUCUCCCUCCGUUCCCCGUCUCCCGGUCGCUUCUGCCUCGUCCGCCGCCGCCGCCGCCGUUCCGACGACUGCCACGCCGGCAUACCAUCACCAUCACCUCCAGCAUCGGCAUCAGCACUAUGAGCCUGCCACCCACCCCGCUGCUGCUUCGUCUGGUCCUCCUCUUUCUCGGCGCUCUUCCCGCGUCGCCAUCGAAGAGCUCCGAUCGGCUCUAACCCGCCAUUCCGUUGCUUCUUCCUCGUCUUCUCCAACAUCCUCAGGGCCCUCAGGGGACCUCCCGGCCGGCCAAUCCGCUGGGCUGACCACCCUUGGGGGCGGAAAUAGCGCCUCGUCGAACGCUGCGGGUGACACCGUUGUUCCCCCUUCUCGACCUCCCGGUUCGUCCGACCAUCCGGCCAAUAACGGCGUUGCUGCCCAUCCCUCCGCUUCUGUCUCCGCCCCUCCUCCAUCUACUUCUUCUCAUCCCCCAAUGACCGCGCCCGUUCGCAGCAGCGCAGGGAAUGGCGCAGGGUCCAACAAGCGUAACAGCCCCAAUGACCCUGUCGCCAAUGGCGCGCACGAGGUUGGCCUGGCUAGCUCCGACCUGGAAGGCUCGCAAUCCAAGCGCUUGCGACCGAGCAAGCCCUCGGUGAAGGUGCUCCCCGUCCACUACGAGCAGGCGGAUCCGCGGGAUAUAGUGGUCUUGAUCUCCAGCAUGCUCAUGGAGCUGAUUCGGUUCAAUGACAAGAUCCCUCUGCACCAGGGCCGUCUAACUCGGUUCCAUUCCCGGUCGCCCCCGCGGAUUUCCGUGCAGGAUUAUUUGCAGCGUCUUACCACCCAUGCCACACUUUCGCCGCCCAUUCUGUUAAGCAUGGUAUAUUAUAUCGACCGACUCUGCGCGCUUUACCCUUCCUUCACCGUCUCCAGUUUAACCAUCCAUCGAUUCCUCAUCGCCAGCGCCACCGUUGCCAGCAAAGGGUUAAGCGACAGCUUCUGGACGAACAAAACGUAUUCUCGAGUUGGAGGAAUCAGUAUGACGGAAUUGGCACUCCUUGAACUGGAGUUUCUGUUCCGCGUAGAGUGGCGCAUCGUCCCGCAACCCGAGGUGCUGGUGGACUAUUACCAGAGCUUGGUAGAGAGGUGCGACGGAUAUGAAAUUCAGCACGACGCCUAA